CUGGUGCCAUUAGGAAAGGUCUGGGCUGCCUCUCCCGUGGGUAGCAGAGGGAAGGAAGCAAAAGCAGGGAUGAUGUGGGCUGGUCUGCUGCAGUGGUGGGGGGAGUGCCCAGCAUCCUCCCCUCGAUUUCCUAAUCUCGGGCAGAUCCAGGUAAUUAGAGACCUGUCUGAUUUCCUGCUUUCCAUGAGGAGCCGCUGGGAUUACCAGUGGUGACUACCUGAGGCAGAAGAGCCAGUGGCCCUUCAGUUUUGGCACCACAGGACUGCAAGAGAGGCCUCUGCCUGGCCAAGCCACUGAGGAUGGCCACAGCUUUGUCAGGGAGAGCCUCCCCAGUGCGGUCUUGGCCCAGCUGAAUGCUCUUAGGUUUAUUGUGGUCUCCUGUGCUACAGAAAAGUCUGUUUCUGAAUAUAUUUCAACAGACAUGAAAAGUUUUAAGCCCUCUGGAUGCAAUGAAGAGGCUGGUCAUGCAGGCUUGCAGGCUUGGCCACCGUUUAGCAGGUGGAAGCUGUUCCCUGGUCCUCUCUGUCUGUUGUGUUUGCAACAGGUUUGCAUGAAGUGAAAGGCUGUAUGGCACCUUCCUCUUAUAGCUCAUCUGAGCACCCUACAAACAGCAAUUUAUGGUUGCAGCAGCUUGGGACACUGGUAAGCAAAUGUUACUAAUUCCUACAAAUGAGGAAUGCUGGGGAGGCAGUGGUGAACACCACAAAAAUGCCUGUGUAUGAUUGCUUACCUUGUACUUGUCUCAGGGCAAAUGAUUUCCACAGGUCUAAACAGAGUCAAAAGACUGACAUGGUGGUUUGUACCCAUGACAAUCUCUAUGCCAGAGAGGGCUACUUUAGAGUAAUGACAAAAGCCAGGUCAUGGGUACUGCGCAUCCAUUCCUUGUAGCUCACCCUCCGGCCCAUCAUCUCAUGGCUGCUCUCAGAGGCUUUGGUGGUUAAUACAAGGAGAAGAGGACCUCUUUUUGUGGAGGAGGCAUGAGUCCUCAGGCUGAAGAGGCUGGUGAGGGAAAACUGUCCUGAGAAAGCUUGGUGUGUUAUACCACACUCCCUAAAAGCUCACAGGCCUUGGUGUUUUCCCCAUGACAAGUGCAGACCGACUGGCAUUUACUGAAGGAAAUGCUCCUUUGGGGACAGUGAACAUCUCUUCAGAAGCGUAGAGCUGCAAACUGCAGUGGAGAAAGGAGCUUAUGCUUCCAAAAGAUGAACAGAAGAAGAGUACAAGGGAUAAGAGAGGUGGAAGACAAAGAAAACAGGCGGGAAAAGCCCUCCUUACACUCUGUGGGAAGCUGUGUAGCUUGAGUGUAUGUCUUGUGUUUGUUGGGGAAAAAACAGUGGCAGGGUAGGAAAGGCAGGGAAACCUGGAACUGUUUUGGGCUUCCAGGGCCUGUACUCUCUCAUCUGUAAACUGGAAAAGGAGACAAUAUGAUCAGGAAUAACAUUCUGCAAAGGCUGUUCCCCUUGGCUUAGUGUGUCUUUCCUUACCUUCGAAGCUAUCUGUAAGUCAACAUGACAUAUCUCUCUUUCUUUGCCAGGUUUCACCUCCCUGUUGAGUGUUCCUUGCCACUCCCAACACUUACAUUUUUUUCCUGAUAAUGGGACAAACCUUUUGGGCAGGCUUCCUACCCCCUUCUAGUAUAAUGUGUGUCUUGGCUUUGCUUGCUUGGGCAGAUUGGAAACGCUUUAAGGUGUCUGUGGUUUUUGGAAUUCGGGAGCAAAUAAAACACCUCUAUCAAUCUAUUAAUACACUGACAAGAUGUCUGUACUUUAGGGGACAUUGUGCUUUUUGCUAGUUCAGACAAUGGUCAUUAGAUUGGGGUGGUUGAGGUAGAGGAUGAUCACUGGACAGACUGCACAGUGCCUCUGACUUUGUGGACUUUGCCAUAACAUCAGCCUGCAUUUGUAUAUUACUUGCAGUGCAGUGAGACAGUUUCAGAGACUCUUUCUUCACUGCAUAGCUGAAGCAGGGAGAGCUUUGCUGUCUUUAAUUUUUUGAGGAGAUAAAUAGUCCUCCUCAUUUUCCAUCAACUCUUCACUUUUGGGUUUGGCUGGGACUUGGGGGUAAGUGCUGUUGUCAUAAACAUCCCAAACAAAAGGAUUGGGCAAGGGAAAAAUAUGCCCUUGUGGUGGCAGUGGUGAGAGACUGUGGGGUUUGGUUCCUUUGUGUCUCAGAAGUCUGGUGAAAGCAGCCCAGUCUUGAGCAUCUCUGUAUUGGGGAAACUUUCCUGUCCGACCAUCCGGGAGCCACUCUGGCAGUCACACUCCCACACCUGAGACUUUCAGUGCUGGGAGCGAAGCCCCUUCACAGUGGGCAGUUCCAGUGACCCAAUGGGUGUCUCGCUUGACUCCCUACACACCCCACACUCAGGCAAUCUGAAAGGUUUUCCUCACUGCCUGGACCCCAAGUUUCCCAUAGCGUAGUCCCAGAUCUCUGGAUCCUUUAAAGAAUUGAAUCAUUCUGCAGUAAUAGCUGGACAGAAACAGCUUGAAUUGGUGCCUCUGGGGAGAGACCCCAAACUAAGGAAUCCCUGUGCUUUUAUAUCCUCACAAUCUGUGAGCCUGUUCCAAUUGUGAUAUUUAGUCUGGGGUCUUCUCACUGUUUAUUUGGAACCUACAGAGUCUCUGGCUGACCGGCCAUCCCUGGCCAGCACCACAGGUCCCUGUGCCCUUUGUCAGGCAAAGGGUUGGUGCCAGGUCACAGCCCCUUGCCUGGGGCUCCAGCCAUUCCCCCCACCCAGGGCACAACUUGCAGCUCACACUGCAGCUGCACACUGAGCUACUGGCACUGUGUGUAUUCCUAAAUAUCUGCCCUUGGAGAGGUGGAACGUGGCCUUGAAGUGGGGUGAGCCUGGUCUGUACAACGCCAGAUGCGAGAAGGGCAGAGCCAGCCCAGAAGAGUCCACAGUCGAUGUCUCUGCCUGUAACACAGCAGUUCAACACUGGUUGCUAAAUGGCCUCAGGUAUGGAUGGGAAGAAAUGCAGCGUGUGGAUGUUUUUACCUCUUGUCUUUACCCUGUUUACAUCAGCUGGAUUAUGGAUAGUGUACUUUAUAGCAGUGGAAGAUAACAAAAUUCUCCCACUAAAUGUACCAGACAGGAAACCUGGUCCCAAAAGACCACCUUAUAUAAGUAUUGCAGGUGAUGCACCUCCUGCAAGCUGUGUGUUUAGUCAAGUCAUGAACAUGGCGGCAUUUCUAGCGCUUGUUGUGGCUGUCCUGCGCUUCAUUCAGCUGAAGCCAAAGGUGCUAAACCCUUGGCUGAACGUCAGCGGCUUGGUGGCAUUGUGCUUGGCCUCUUUUGGGAUGACCCUACUCGGCAACUUUCAGCUUUCCAACGAUGAGGAGAUCCACAACGUGGGCACAUCGCUGACCUUUGGCUUUGGAACCUUGGCAUGCUGGAUCCAGUCUGCCCUUACCCUCAAGAUCAACCUGAAGAAUGAGGGGCGGAAAGCCGGGAUUCCACGAGUUGCUCUCUCAGCCAGCAUCACCCUCUGUGUGGUGCUCUAUUUCAUCCUCAUGGCGCAGGGCAUUCACAUGCACGCUUCCAGGAUCCAGUGGGGCCUGGUGAUGUGCUUCCUGUGCUACUUCGGCACCUUUGCAGUGGAGUUCAGGCAUUACAGAUUUGAGAUCAUUUGCUCUGAAUACCAGGAAAACUUUCUGAGCUUUUCCGAAAGCUUAUCAGAAGCUUCCGAGUACCAAACAGAUCAGGUGUAGCCUGUCCUCUGGCAGGGGGGAGGGGGGCAGGUGUGGUCUCAUGGGUUAAACAUAACCUCAUUUACACUUUUUUUAUGAGUUUGUUUUCAUGUGCAAUCAUGAUCGUAUUGCCAAAGGGCUCUGAGGGGUGGCUGUCUCACUAAGAGCCAAACAAAAAUAGGUAUUCACUGGAAGAGGAGCGGAUCCUUCUCAGUGGCAGCAUGAGAAAGCACAAGCUGUUUAGUUUAUGCUACCAGGGACUGAGUGGCUCUGUCACACCUCUUGUUCAAAACGUUCCACAGCCAGUCCUUGCAAUGCCUCUCCGAGGCAGGUCCUUCUGAGCCUACUCUGCAGAGGAGGUGGUGACAGAAGCAGAAUUCUUUGGGCACCAAGAGUCUUCGGGAGCCUUCCUGAGUCACCAGACUGCAUCUUCUGUGUCUUUCCCGAGUUGUUUUCUUUGCUGCCAACUGGGGUAACUUGGAAGGGUGAGAAAGAGCAUCUGUUUCUUCAGAAUUUGGAAUCAGACCGUGGAAGACCCCAACUGGCUUUUCUGGCAAGCAGGCAGGCAUUUCUGUGGGCCUGGAAAGCAGCUGAUGGUAAAUCUGGGUUUGGAAAACUGUGCUGUGAUCAGGAAGCAAGACUUGGCCAAUGCUGCCUUGUAGCUGGGCAGAUCGUCCCCAGGCCAGAGGAGAUGACACAGUGGGGUGCUGUGCUUGGCUUCAUGGCUCAGACUCAACAGUGGGGACUGGGGGAAGUGAGGUCCUGAAUUAAGAUGAGAAUGUCUGUGUGCUCUGAAGAUGACCCAGAAAAGGCUGCUCUUUCUAAGUGUGUAGUGCUUCCACCACACAUUGUGUAUAGUAUUUCAAAACCUUUGUUUUGUGGUUGUUUUUUGUUUCUUUUUUGUUCACUGAGGGGGAAAACAUUGUGUUAGAGGCGCUGGACUUGUCUGCAAUGAGAACAGUACCACUGCAGGUACUGCUGGACACAAGGUUUAGUUUUGCUCCUUGUGCACUUACAAGCCAAGCCUCAGACAUGCUGACAGGCCUGGGUUCUGGACCCCUCAGUGUGGUCAGUUGUCGUGAGUGGAGUCUGCCACAGGUUUACAUGGGCUUCCAAGGUGCAGGGAGGCAGUUCUGCCCCCGAGGUUGGGUGAUGUGGCUUGAGGGCUGGAGGUGAAAAAAGGGAAUAGCAAAACCAGACAGGAUUCUCCCUUCCUAAAGGGAGGUUUUCAAACAGAAGGUCUGUUUUCAAAAAAAAAACAAGAGCUCAAAGCUCAUUUGAAAACCUCAUUUUGGGAAGGCUGCUGUAUUGGCUGGGGAGUGAUGGGACUUGCUUCUCAUGAACAUGGCUCCUAUUUUCUUCCACAAAUCAGACUCAGUUUAAGCUGGCAUCUUGUCUGAGCUGCAGGAAAAUAAGCAGAAAUUAAUAUGGUAGGAAAAGGCCUUUGAAGGGGAACUGUACUGCUCUGUGGCAUUUCUGACAAGACAGGGAAAAGGUACAAGGGCAGUCUUCUGCAAAGGUCAGAGGCCUCUCCUGAAAGGAGAAAUAGUUGAGACAAACUAAUGUAAGUAGACAGCUUUCAGCCAGCCCUUUAUCUUCUGUGCACCAAAAUUUGUUCUCAGGCAGCUGUUAUAAAUCCAGAGCACUUGUGGCCAACAGAGGGUUGAUGUGGAUUGCUGAAGGCUUCCUCCUUGAAGCAGUGUCAUUAGUGGAAAGCUUUCCUGGAAGGAUGUGCUGAGGGUGGCCCAAGGACACAGCAGUGAAAGGUGCUGGGCUCCCCAGCAGCUCAUCCAGGGAGCUCCUCCUGGGCAUGGACAGUCUGGAGAAUGGACAGGUGGGGAUCCUCUUACAUAGGCACACUCACUCAAUCCACAUGGAGCACAAAACAGCAAUUUGUUGUAAGGGUGUUUUACUGUAAAUAGUCCACUGUGACUUUUGUUUCCCUAAUCAAUUAAUACUUUCAGUUUAUCAUUUUAUAUUUUGUAAUUUUAUCAAAGGGAAAAAAUGAUGAUGUGAUUAUUUUUUUUCCUUUGUCUCCUUUUCCUAUAUGCAAUCCAAACUGAACUUCAGGUUUUUAGUGAUAACUCUGUACAUUUCUUAGAGUAUUUCUAACAGCACAUUUCAGUACAACUAAGUGACAACUGAUAUACACUGAAACAUGACCACUAAAUAAAGUGCUUUUAUGGA